AUGAAAGUUCAAUUUACACUACUUGCUUUUAUUUUUGCUUUGUCGACAUCGACGCCAGUUAGAGAUGUUAGUUGAAAUUGUCAAGAUUUUCACAAAAUUAAAACAAAUAAUUUCAGCAAAUCUUGGUUGCCGAUUCAAUCGAUCUUCAUCAUCCAACUGAUUAUGAAAAUCUUUUGAAUAUUCGCGAUGCUCGAUAUACAACUAUUUAUAUUCGAGCAUUUGAUACUUAUGGAUUAACAAGUUUCGAUAAAUCAAUGGCACAAACAAUUCAAGAUGCCUACAGUAAUCAUUUCCACGUCGAAUUAUACAUGGCACCAAAUCCAUAUACUUAUGUUUCUGGAGCUGAUCAAGUUCAAAACUUAUACAAUGGAUUAAUUGAUAAUCAAAUUCCAAUUGAUAGAUUGUGGGUUGCUGUUAAUUACACAGAAGCUUGGCCAGUUAAUAAAACUGCUAAUGUUGCUUUGGUUGAUUCAGUUCUUCACAAAGCAAGAGUGAGUUUAUCUUCAGUUUUUGUAGGAAUAAAAAUAAUUUUUUGAAACAUUUUAGCAAUUGGGAUUCAAAAAAAUCGGUAUUUUCUCAAAUUCCGUAGAUUGGAAUAACAUUACUGGAAACUGGAAAGGUGCUGGAAGCGAUAUUAUUCUCUGGUAUACAAGUCAUCCGGGAAACGGUAGAAGUGGAGAAUCUCCAAGAUCUUUUGAUGAUUUUGUGCCAUUUGGUAAUUGGACUCAAGCUGAAGUUAAACAAUAUGGAGUUAUCGAAACUGUUUAUAGCACAAUUGUUAACAGGUAAAAACUAUAUGAAAAUUAUUUUUCAAAUGAAAAUAUAUUUUCCAGAGAUAUCUUUGUACUUCAACGAAAUCCAGAUUCAUAA